CGUCACGCCGAAGCCGCCAGUCGCGGUCGGUUGUCAACUCGAGCGCGCGCCGAGAAUGCGCAGCCACUUCGCGCGGUGAUAUGUGUACGUUGCCUCGGAUUUUCUCGUGCUUGUGCAAUACCUGAACACCCGUACGUCACUAUGUCUCGAGAGGAUGUCAGAACGCGUUUCAUUGACGAGUCCUCCUCGGGACACGUCUCCGAUGACGACGAAGUCGAGUUCAGAAAAGACAAAAGAAGUGUCAAACAAAUGAUUCAACGUUUCGAAAGGACAGGUAUCAACCUCGGAGGUUCUAGUGAAUCCCUAGAGAGAUCUAAAGAUCCAACGUUGGGGAGUCUGACGAGUAUCGUCAAUCCCAUUCAUAUCCAUUUCCAACAUUUGUCCCCAGUGCCUAAAACUCAUGAUAGGAAUUCAAAUGUGUCAGUGAACUCCAUAUUAUCAAAUGUUUCGGAAAUAAGUUAUGAGUCGAGCUCGUCAGGUUUUAUGUCGGAUAGGAAAUCGGCCUCUUUAAAGCCUCACAGACCAGCCCCACCUCCACCAGAGCCUUUUAACGAUGCUUCUUCCGUAGAUAGUAAAUGUUCAGUGCCAGAGGAAACCGCGACAGUUGAAAGACGCUAUUCAUUCGCCACACCUUCCUCUUCACCUGUAGUAUUACGACGUAGUCGACAACCGCCUGUUAUACGAAGGAAAUCGUCAAUAGGAAGUCAAGGUCGUGUAGGUGAAGCACAUUGGUCUUACGGUGUUAAGCAAAGUGACCUAGAAAAACUACUUAGACUGAAACUGUCAGAGACAUCUGAUAAUGAAAUAGACACAAAGGACAAAAAAAGUAGAGUAAUAAUAUCAUUAUCAAGUGAAAGUAGUAGCGAUGAUUCAAAUGAUAGUCAUAAAUUAAAAGAAAGCGAAGAGUAUAUUGUCAACGACGAUGGCAGAGCUGACGCCCUAUCGACAGAUCAAUCGACGGAUACAUUAAUGAAUGAAUAUGAAAGUGAUGACAACUUAUCUAGUGCGUCUGAGGAACAGUGUAAUUUUGACAAUGUUAGCAUAAAAUCCAUUUCAUCUUUGGAUAUGGUACCAUAUCAGAAGUAUGAUAGCAUCACAGUAUCAUCAGAUGAAUUCGGUUCAGAGGUGUGCCAUGCGCCGGAUACAGAAUUCCUCACUGUCAGCGCAGUGAACGAGUGGUGUGUUACAAAGUCCAUAGAACCGGUAUUGAUGCCGGUGGAAUCGAAAAAGGAGAAAUAUAGAAGACGUAUGACAGAACGUGUGAACGAGUUACUUCACACAGAAAAUGUUUACGUGGAGCGAUUGAGGCACGUCGUAGAAGAUUACAUUCCAGAGAUGACGAAGGAAGAUAUACCUCCGACGCUCAGAGGCAUGAAAGCGGAUAUUUUUGCCAAUAUAGAAAGAAUAUGCCGUUUCCAUGCCGAAGAGUUCCUACCAGCUUUAAGGGACUGCGAAAACGAUCUCAGAAAACUUGGCCAAUGUUUUAGGCGAUUUGAACAAAGGUUUAACAUGUACGUAAUGUACUCUAGAAAUAAUAAGAGAGCCACAAGACUAGUCUAUGAACAUAAACAUUUCUUCCAGGAACGACAAUUAGAAUUAGGCGAUCGGUUAGAUCUCUCAAGCUAUUUGCUAGAACCAGUGCAAAGGAUACCGAGAUACAAAUUGUUUUUGGAUGACCUAGUGAAGACAUACACAAAUUAUGAGAAUGAAAGGUGUGAGUCGGAUUCAAGAAUAUCUAAACUUAGUGUGGAUAGUGACGAGACGGGUGGAAGUAACGGAGAGUCAUCUGAUGCUGACGAAACACCAUUGGAAAGUUUAAAGCUGGCGAAAACGAUGAUUGAAUGCGUUCUAACAGCGGUCGACGGAAUCAUGGCGUUGGAAAAUAUUACAGAUUGUCCUCCGUAUCUCAACCUACUGAAUCAGGGUCGGUUGUUGCGUCAAAAUGAGUUCUAUGCAAUGGACAACGCGCGCCGGCGCCGGCAACUUAUGCGGGUCUUUCUCUUUGACAAGUUGGUGCUCAUCACUGCAGUUUAUCGGAAGCAAUUGACAGUUGAGUUCUUUAUAUAUAAGGACCAUAUCCCGGUUGAUGACCUCGGUAUAACGGCGAAGGAGCAAGAUCUAUACAAAUUCAGCAUCUGGUACAAGAAAAGGAACCUCAAGUCAUAUAAACUGGAGACAAGCGAUCCAUCCGUCAGGAACGUGUGGGUCGAUGAAAUAACCUCUUUGCUAUGGGAACAAGCUAUGCAAAAGAAAGAACUAUUGAUGGAACAACGCCAAAAGAGAAUAUCAAUGGCGUCGAUAGAUAGCCAGGAGUCGACGGAGACCGACAGAAAUGAAGACAAAUAUAACUCUCUCCGGGGUGUACCCGGUGAAGUCAGAAGGUCUGGUGAUAAGACAUUUAGAAGAACGACGUGGUACUGCGAAUGAACCAAAAAUACAAUAUUUUUUGGUAUUUAAUAACAUUUGAAUUUAAUGACAAUGACAAUAUUUUAUUUUAAGUUAUGUAAUUGAUUGUUAUUUAAACUUAUUAAAAGAGCCAUAAUUGUAAUCGAAAUCACAUUGAAACUGGAUUUUUAAUGAUCAUCGUUACUAGGUAAGAUUCUUAUUAACAUCAGAUUCAAUCGUUCGUUAUAUCAAUUUACAUUACUUUCAUAAAAAAUAUUAUUUAUAAUUAAAUUACAAUCGUAAAAAAUAUGACUAUAAAAUGGUAGCUUGAUUUAAUAUUGUCAUUUAAAGCCUAUUUUAUUGAAAAACGUUUUCAUAUUGUGUUAAAAUGGUACCAGGUUCUCUAAAAAAAAAAUUGGUUAGAAAAAAGUUUAAAUAUAAUUCCAAAGAAACUUAAACAUAUUUUGUAUACACGAGGCAUUCAGCAUAGUCUAAGUAGAUAAUAAGAUGCAAUAUUGGAGCCGAAAUAACAAUGGAGAAACUUUAAGAUAUUUUUAAGAAUGUGAUAAAUUAAAUUAGGUUCAAUAUUACGUUGUUAGCGAUAAUAUCAGUCAUUAUUUUAAUAUACCGUUUUAAUCUUAUUGUUGAAGUUUUGUAAAUACUUAAUAUUAUAUUCAAAUAAAAAAUACUUAAUAUUAUAUUUAAUAUCGAAACGUAAUCACAAAAAGACUUCAUUGUAUCGUUAUUUCAGUCUAAAAUAAUGUCAAUGUAAGCAACUAGAGAUUUUAUAAAGUCAAUAAAACCAAGAUUAUUUAAAAA